AUGGACGACRAUGAAUCCUGGGCGCAUACCUUUGUCGCCGAGUAUGCAAGCGGCAGACCCAACAUUCCAGUAGCACAGCGGACGGCAACCUGCUGCUGUGGUAACGCAUCGUGCGCCUAUCUGCAACACACUACGAGCGUAUUGGAGGGCUUGGAGCGGGAUGUGUGCACUGCCGCGACUCUAGGAAAGGCGCUGCUGGUCCGCCACGAGGCGUACAUUGCGGACUCGGAGAAGGAACGGAAGGAGAUGACCGUGUACAUAGAGACACUGGAGUCAGAGAAAAGAGAGCUGGAGCAGCAGAAUGCGUCCGCGAUUCAAGAGAACCGUGGUCUUCUGGAUCAGCUCGAAACCCUGAACAGCGCCGUGGCCGAGUCAGACACCCAAGUCACCAACCUGCAGGCCACUCUCCGCUCCACCCAACAGGAGCUGCACAAGCUGGCCAGUCUGGCAGCACGCACAGAGCAUCUGGAGCAGCAACUGGCAGACUUCGAGCGUGAACAAGCAUCGUGGCAAGCGACGAUCGUUGAGAAGGAAGGUGCGGAGAAAUCUGCUCUGCGUCGUUGGCAGCAGGCCGAGCGGACGCUCUCCAGUCUUCAGGAACAGAUCGAACGUAUUGAGCGUGAGGCCAAGGAGGAGAAGGAGCGACAUGUGGAAGUACUUGGACGUAUGGAGCGGCGUCAUGCUGUCGAGAGAGAACUGGAUUCUGCGGCUGGGAGGCUGAAGGGAGCGGCGGGUGUAAAAAAGGUGUCUCACGAACCCGGCCAGGUCAACGUUGUUUCGCACUUUGUGAAGGACAUCUUGCAAGACAAUGCGAAUCUGCAGAUGGGGAUCGUCGAGCUGCGAGAUAUGUUACAUACCUCAAACGAGGAAGUAGAGCAUCUCCGCACUCAACUCUCGGUUCACCAGCCAAUCGAGGCGGACUCUACAGAUGUCCCAGAAGCCACUCCCACCGCUCGGCGACCGCAUCUCAAGGAAGAGAUGCGUAGGGCAACAUCUCAGGAGCUUCACGUCCAUCACCAUUACCACUCUCCUUCCACUCCAAAAUCUGGUGGCACCCUGAGGCGUCCGAAAAAGAAGCGCUAUGGCUCUCUCACAUCCGGGCAGUUCACGCCUUCGUCGGGCACGAGUACACCACGCUCCUACUUUUCUCCCGGAACGCCUUCAAGCACGGCAGCCAUACUCUCUCAUACGGCCGCAAGCUUACCAGACAUUACUCCCUCAAAUCAACGCUGGUCUGUACAGUCAGGCCAAUCAUACCGGUCCAUGCAGAUGUCAUCGGGCCCUAGCUCACCACACUCCACCAACCGGUCGUCGUCCAUGUUCGAUCGUGUGUUCAGUGAUGCUGGCCAAGAUUCAUCGCGUCCCACAACACCAGACACGGAAGACCCUGACUCGCCAUCCCUAGAUCCUUCAGUUUCGAAAAGAUCUUCAACAAGCUCAUUCCUUGCGCCACGCGCAUCCUCGUCCCAUCCAAACCGCCCUUCGCUUGGUUCGAUCCUCGACAUCAGCACCGAGGAUUUGCGAGCCAUCGAACAACAGCAGAUCUCCGCUGUGGCAAUUCCCGAAGAGGAUGAGCUCGCCUGGGAGGACGCUAGCACACCAUCUCGCGGUCACGAUUCGAACACUACCUCUCCGCUUGCGGACGAGCUGGCAAACGCUUUCGAGCACCGCAAGCUACGGCGCGCCACUUCCCAUGAGUCAAUUGUUUCAUUCUCUGGCAUGGACAUUCAUACUUUGCGGUCUCGACCGUCACAACUCUUGACGCCAUACGGCGCACGCUCUUUUACUCCUCAGGCUGUGCUCAGCGAUGCUACCGCGCACGCAUCGCGGCCAGCGGUGCUGUCACGGUCUCUGAACAGUGGGCACAGUCUUCUUAGCGACAUGGCACCUCCAGCUCAAAGAUUACCAAGCGGAAAGCAGGGCAUCGGGGGCAAAGUUGGUGGCUGGGUGUUUGGGCGAUGGGGAGCUUCUCCGACCCCAACGGUCAGCGGGGCCGUUGCGACUGUACCACCGAAGCUCAAUCGUACCGCCAGUGUGGCCUCGGGAAGCACGGGUAAGUCUGAAGACCUACACGCCACGCCAAAAAAGCCGAAGCAUCGGCCGCCUGGAAUCAACCAAAUGGGGCCAAUAUGUGGAUUCCCUCCCGAGAUCAGGAUUCAGCAUCCACCUAUAAUGAGUGGUCUAGAUGCAGACGCUCUCAAGAAUGUGCUGAGUGAAUGA